AAGCUAGCAAGGUGAUCCUCUGAGGGCUCUCCAAGAAGCAUUGAGCAAAGCAGCACAAAACUGCUUAGCAACCACAACGGGUCUACUACUCGGCAUCUCUCAACAUUACAUAAAACCAACACAACCCAAUUUUGCUGCAUAGAUAUCACACUACUCGGCAGUUGCUCAACUACAACCAUGAUGCACUCCAAUACUCUCAACUACGAGCCCGCAAGCGGCAGCAGCAGCAGCAGUCCCAACACCAGAAUAGCACGGACUUCCCUGGUUCUCUCCUGGAAUGGCGAAGCACACGAUCUCUCCAUUCUGUGCUGGAAGACCCAAUGCUCAUCUCAAAGUGUUCUCUACCCAAGCAAACGCCAAGCACGACAACUUCCAGAAAUCGAUGAACAACACGCACUGAAACUAUGGGAACCCAUUCCACGAUCAGAAGCUCCGUUCCGACGAUCCUACACUGCCGACGCCGCCAUGAGCAGCAGCAGCAGUUCGCACUCGUCUUCUCGUCAACAAAGCCCAUCCGCACCCGGUCCUCUCUCCCCUUGUCCUUUUCCCACAAUGUCUUCUUCAUCACAACCACAAGAAGAAGAAGAUGAACCGUCACCACGACCAUUCGACAUGCAAAACAUCAGUCCUUGCAGCAGUCCAGCACCCACACCCAGCAAUAACAACAACAACAACAACAGCCGUCAGAACCUGAACCAACCAGGACCUCGCCCCAAGGUGGACUACAAGCGUCUGUACCACCCCCAAGGCGAAGAAGGAGAAGACUUGAACGACAGCCGCCGCAGUCUAAACUCGGCCAACUCCAGUCGCCAUAUCAGUUUCCAAGAACAACAACUGCAGAGGACAUUGGAAGAAGAACGCCGCAUCAACAGCGACGGCAAGGGCUGCAUGUACCAUGAAGAACCAGUCGAGCCUUCGUACCAUUCUCCCAUGGAACCCUCCUAUCCCAUGCCGUCUCCGGUCGAACCUUCCUAUCCCAUGCCCUGCCCUUUCGACAUGCCACAACAACAAGAAGAGCAACCGGUUUACGAACCAGAACCCAUCAUGGAAAAGCAGCCCUACAAGAGCAGCGAGAAGGAAUCCUACCGUUGCGACCGUCGUCAACGAUCUCCGUCUCCUCCUCUUCCCGCUGCCGCUUCUGGCAGCAAGACGGUCAUGGAGAUUGCUCCCAACAUGUUUGUCCCCUACAAGGGAUCGCACGAGACUUGGGAAGCCGUCCAAAUGGGCCACUUUACCGUCACGACGUGCUUUGCCUGCGCAUUGCAAUUGGUCGUCAUUGACACGGCCGAAUUCUUGGUCUGCCCCGAUUGCCACACCGUCUCGCCCUUGUCCUACUCGGAUAGCUCUCAAGUGGAACGAUGCGGGGUCGGUCUUGGAAUCAAGCGGGAAUGGUGCGAUACCGAAGGCGCUCUUGUCAUGGGAGAACAACAGCAGCAGCAGUCGUCAUACCACAGUAAUGACAUGCCAUCGAUGCAAUCGUACCCCGACGAGGAGGACCGCAUGCACCAAAAGGCCAUGAAAGAAGAAGAAAAGUUUUCAUCUUCGCAACAUUUUGAGCCUCAUCAUCAUCAACCCAUGGGACGAAGAGCCACCUUUAUGAUCUAAACUGCUAACACAUACAAUAAUAUCUCAAAACAUCUAUGAUUACAUCUAUACUUUUUUGACUACAUCUAUACAUU